AUGCGCUUCCUAUUGAUAUUGAGCCUGGCCUCGAUGGCCCUGGCAUCACCUCUUGCUACCUCGCAUUUGACUGCAAGAGAUGAAGUCUUCCCUCAGUGUGCGACCGACUGUCAGAGUCAGGUCAUUGCCAGAGCUGUGACAAAAUGUUCCGCAGACGAUAUACCCUGCCUCUGUGCAGACGAAGCAUUCCAGGGAGAGGUUGCCAGUUGCGUAAUGAAACACUGCACUGGAAGCGAGGGACUGAUGGCCAAGCAUCUCAGCUCUAAGGCUUGUGGCAUUAUCACCAAACCGCUAUACGCCGAAGUAGAUGCGGGCACGCUUAUCCCGUUUCUAUUCGCCAGCUUCUUCUUCUCAAUUAGGAUUGCAUCUAAAGUGAUGCAUCUGGGCGGUGGCUGGGGCCCUGAUGAUUAUACCAUAAGCGUGGCAUAUGUACUUGCUAUUGUGAUUUAUACGCUACACACUCAAAUGAUUCGUUAUGGCUUUGGAAAAAACAUAUGGGACAUUCUUCCACAGGAGGAUAUAACAAUAGCAUUCAAGGUUUUCUUCGCCUACGUCUUGGUGUACAAGUCCUUGAUAUCCCUCGCAAAGAUAUCUGUCGGUCUCUUCCUGCUGCGAAUCUUCCGGUCAACCGCAUUCCGUUACGCUACUUAUGCCAUUAUUGCCAUCAAUGCUGCAAUUGGAAUCACAUGGAUACUAGUCGAUGCUUUCCACUGUAUUCCCGUCCAUCUAGCCUGGACCUCAUGGAGGAUGGAGGAGACUGGCACUUGCAUUGAUUUCAUGACAUCGACUUAUGUCAAUGGAUUUGUCAACAUAGUCGUUGACACUAUCAUGGUGUCAAUGCCCGUAUACGAAGUCGUCAAGCUAAAACUGGACCAUCGUAAGAAGGUAGGAGUUGCAGUGAUGUUUGGAAUGGGUCUAUUAUUGACGGCCAUUGGAAUUGUACGAGUGAUUAUCUUGUUCCAACACGAUCCUACCAAAAAUCCUACCUAUGAAAUGGCACCUCUAAAUUACUGGUCCAUGAUCGAAUGCCAGAUAGCGAUUGUCUGUGCCUGUCUACCUGCCAUCCGAACACUACUCAUGCACUUCGUUCCCGCAGUAUUUGGCCAAGCCACCGAGGCUGCGUCUCAAAAACGAGUGAAUCCCUCUUCUGAUAACUCCAAGGGAGACUACACAUCCAGCUCUACCUUGGUCGAGUCAGGGGAUGGCUACAUAUCCAAAACCAUGACGUAUUCGGUCAACACUACGAUCAAAUCCGAGUCCAGCCCCUCAGAGCCAUCAAUAAAUCUUGUCCAGAUUGAUCGGAGAAGGGUAUGA